AUGGCAGCAGUACGCGUGAUUCUUUGGCUGGGAGUUUUUCUAUUCUGCCUUACUGAGGUUUCAUCUGAUAUCAAGAUUGAAGAAGAAUUACCUCAUCUUGCGCAGGCAACUUGUUGUGAGAGGUGGAAGCAGACGGCUAAUGCAAGACAUAGAGGUGCAGCGUUCACUCGAGGCCAAAGAUUUGCAGCAGGGCGUGCGGUACGUGCUGUGCGAGGUGCAAGUGUGUGCCGCCUGGCACUUCUGGGAACAGAGAACUCUGUGGCAAGUGCUACACUGACAUGA